AUGCUGCGGCGAACCGGCGCCGCGGCGGCAACGGCGGCGCUGCCGCACAACAUGACGAUGAAGGACCCGCUCUGUCAGCGGGUGCUGGGCCGCUGCACCCCCGUCGUCUACUCCUCACUGCCGAACGGCUUCCGGGUGGCGACGGAGUACGUGAAGGACUGCCCCUUUGCCACCGUCGGCGUGUGGAUCGACGCCGGCAGCCGCUUCGAGGAUAUCCGCAACAGCGGCGUGGCACACUUCCUGGAGCACAUGAACUUCAAGGGCACCGACCGGUACUCGAAGAACGACGUCGAGAACAUCUUCGAGCACCGCGGCGCGCACUUCAACGCGUACACCUCGCGCGACCGUACCGCCUACUACGUGAAGGCGUUCACAAAGGAUGUGGACAAGAUGAUCGACGUCGUGUCGGACCUCCUCCAGCGUGGCCGCUACCGCCGGCACGACAUCGAGGCGGAGCGGCCAACGAUCUUGGCGGAGAUGCGCGAGGUGGAGGAACUCGUGGAUGAGGUGCUCAUGGACAAUGUGCACCAAGCCGCCUACGACCCGACGACGAGUGGGCUGCCGCUCACAAUCCUCGGACCGGUCGAGAACAUCGCCAAGAACAUCAACAAGUCCAUGAUCGAGGACUACGUGCGGGUGCACUACACAGGGCCACGCAUGUGCCUCGUGUCGUCUGGCGGCAUCUCGCCCGAUGCGGCGCACGCGCUGGCGGAAAAAUACUUUAGUGGCCUGUCCUCCACGAACAACCGCCCGCUCCUGCGCGGUGUGUACAAGGGUGGCCACACGAUUCUGUGGAACGAGGGCAUGGCGACAGCGAACACGGCCGUGGCCUUCCCGAUCUGCGGCGCCUCGCACCCGGACAGCUACCCGCUGCAGCUGAUACACAACGUCAUUGGGCAGUUUCGCGAAGGGCAGUACGACCAGUUCAGCUCCCAGCGCCGAAACCCGAACCUGCCGUGGGAGCGGGUGCCGAACCUGGUCCAGCUGCGCCCCUUCUACACGCCCUACGAGGAGACGGCGCUGCUCGGCUAUCACAUUGUGACGGCCCGCAUGGCGACGAGCGACGUUGCCCGCGACGACGCGCAGACACUGAUGCUGAACUACGUCCUCAGCUCGCUCUACGACCUGUGUGCCACCAAGGUUGAAGACUCCCUGCUGGAGGCGGCCAAGGCGGAGUUCAAGUCGUCCGUCAUGAUGAUGCGGGACAGCACGACGAACAGCGCCGAAGACCUCGGGCGGCAGAUGAUACACUUUGGCCACCGCGUGCCGCUGCAGGAGGUGUUUGAGCGGGUCGACGCCGUCACGCCCGAGUCCCUGCGCGCCGCGGCGGAGAAGUACUUUGCCGUCGUCCAACCCACCGUCUCCUGCAUCGGCGCGAGCAGCACGUUGCCCAAGUACGACCCCCUCUCGCUCGUGUCGAAUGUGGUGCACCCGCAGCUGACGCCGGCGCAGUUCCCGGAGGACGCGCGCGCGUGUCUGCUGUGA